CAAACACAAUCCUUGUUGAGCGUAGUACCAAAGUAGAGCGAUGACUGGUCUCUGCCUAGCACUGCCGCAAAUGUAUAAAUGAGAUGCAUCUCAGUGUAUCCCGGUAUUGUCCGUUGACUUGACAAUAGAAAAUGUAUUUAACAAAACUAUUCUCUCUCCCUAUUGUGCUUCGGAGGCCAGUCAUUUCCAUCACCCAAUUCCAAACCCGCUUUCAUAGUCCACUUUGGGUGCAUGCAGUAUACCCUCUUCAAAAAGGAAAGGUUGAUCAUGGGUUCCCAGGAUUCGAAGGUCAACUUACAAAGCCUUCCAACACAAUCUGACGAUGGCCUGCCAUCGUUUCUGGACCAAGCUGGGUUUAGAAAGUCGCUUAGCCUUGUCCAAGAAGUUCGAGAGCGGUUUGAGAGUAGCGAGCCGGCAAAAUAUUCGACUUUUCUGGAAGUAAUGAACGAGGCAAAUGUGACGCCCAUGGAAUCACAAGAAGAGUGGCAAGCUAUGAGGGCUGAGAAACAGGCUGAGGCUCGCCUAAAGCUGGAGGAGCUGUUCAAAGGCCAGGAGGACUUACUGGAAAAGCUGGACGCAUUUCUUCCAGCACCAAGCACGCAAGCGGGGAACUAGAAACCUAUGGCUAGGAGAUGAUGAGAAGGAGCUGAAGAUAGCCUGUGAAAGGAUAUUCUUUGAUAGUGAUGGUUGGUUUGAGAGUCAAGAGUAAUCCCUUGGUCGAAUCCAAUAGAGCUACUGAACGUCCCCACUUGAGCUUUGAAAACGGUGCGCCAAGGG